UUAUGUUCCAUAGCAGCUUUGUUGUGAGGAGAAAUCACCUUCAACCAUAAAGCAACAGCACAUUUAACUCCAGUAAAAGGUUAGCUGUUAGGGAUUGUAGCGAGGUUAGAUGAUUAAUAAUCACCCGGCUGAACUAUAUACAGACUACUGCAAGAGCGUCAUUAAGUGCUGUACGGAGAAUCUAAUAUUAGGGUAACGUUACUUAGCUUGCCUGGCAACGUGAUUGCUAGUCGCAGCCGACAAAGACGACUGCUCGUCGCACAAUUUUUCUCUGAAACGGUAAUCUACCAGGAGACGCAUUGACGACCACCGUGCGAGACACGAAGACUGUGGAGAUGGCGACCUCCGUGGGAAACGUGGCUGACAGCACAGAACCGACAAAACGUAUGCUUUCCUUCCAAGGGUUGGCUGAGCUGGCGCACCGGGAGUAUCAGUCGGGGGACUUUGAGGCAGCCGAGCGCCACUGCAUGCAGCUAUGGAGGCAGGAGCCUGAUAACACAGGCGUGCUGCUGCUCUUGUCCUCCAUCCACUUCCAGUGCCGAAGACUCGACAGGUCCGCUCACUUCAGCACCUUGGCCAUCAAACAGAACCCAAUGUUGGCAGAGGCCUACUCCAACCUGGGGAACGUGUACAAGGAGCGAGGGCAACUGCAGGAGGCCAUAGAGCAUUAUCGCCAUGCUCUGAGACUGAAACCAGAUUUUAUUGAUGGCUACAUCAACCUGGCAGCUGCUUUGGUGGCCGCAGGGGACAUGGAGGGAGCAGUGCAGGCGUAUGUGUCUGCCUUACAGUACAACCCUGAUCUCUAUUGUGUGCGCAGCGACUUGGGCAACUUGCUUAAAGCCCUCGGACGUUUGGAAGAGGCCAAGGCUUGCUACCUGAAAGCCAUAGAGACUCAGCCCAACUUUGCAGUGGCUUGGAGCAACCUGGGCUGUGUGUUCAAUGCUCAAGGAGAGAUUUGGCUGGCCAUACACCAUUUUGAAAAGGCGGUGACCCUGGACCCAAAUUUCCUUGACGCAUACAUCAAUUUAGGAAAUGUUUUGAAAGAAGCCCGCAUCUUUGACAGAGCUGUGGCCGGAUACCUGAGAGCCCUGAGUCUGAGCCCCAACCAUGCGGUGGUCCAUGGAAACCUGGCCUGUGUCUACUACGAGCAAGGCCUCAUCGAUCUGGCUAUUGACACCUACCGCCGGGCUAUUGAAUUGCAGCCCCACUUCCCCGAUGCUUAUUGCAAUUUGGCGAAUGCCCUGAAGGAGAAAGGCAAUGUGUCUGAAGCAGAAGAGUGCUACAACACAGCCUUGCGUUUGUGUCCAACCCACGCAGACUCUCUUAACAACUUGGCCAACAUCAAGCGUGAGCAGGGCAACAUUGAGGAGGCAGUUCAGCUCUAUAGGAAGGCACUAGAGGUGUUCCCAGAGUUUGCAGCAGCUCACUCUAACCUUGCCAGUGUCCUGCAGCAGCAGGGGAAACUCCAGGAGGCCCUCAUGCACUACAAGGAGGCCAUCAGAAUCAGCCCUACAUUUGCCGACGCCUACUCCAACAUGGGCAAUACACUGAAGGAAAUGCAAGACGUACAGGGAGCGCUGCAAUGCUACACCCGUGCCAUCCAGAUCAACCCGGCCUUUGCUGACGCUCACAGUAAUUUGGCCUCUAUCCACAAGGAUUCUGGAAACAUCCCAGAGGCUAUUUCAUCUUACCGCACAGCCUUGAAGCUCAAGCCGGACUUCCCUGAUGCUUACUGCAACUUGGCACAUUGUCUGCAGAUUGUGUGCGACUGGACAGAUUACGACGAGCGGAUGAAGAAGCUUGUGAGCAUCGUGGCCGACCAGCUGGAUAAGAACCGCUUGCCCUCAGUGCACCCACACCACAGCAUGCUGUAUCCACUCUCCCACGGCUUCCGCAAGGCCAUUGCAGAACGCCACGGAAACCUUUGCCUGGACAAGGUACACGCACUGAUCAAAAUCAAUGCGCUGCACAAACCUGCUUUUGAGCAUCCAAAGGACCUGAAGGCCAGCGGUGGUCGUCUGCGUGUUGGCUACGUCAGCUCCGACUUCGGCAACCACCCGACUUCCCACCUGAUGCAGUCCAUUCCUGGAAUGCACAAUCCGGAGAAAUUUGAGGUGUUCUGCUAUGCGCUCAGCCCUGAUGACAACACCAACUUCCGUGUGAAAGUGGUAGCAGAGGCUCAUCAUUUCACAGACCUCUCACAGAUUCCUUGCAAUGGCAAGGCAGCUGAUCGUAUUCACCAGGAUGGAAUCCACGUUCUGGUCAACAUGAACGGAUACACCAAGGGAGCCCGGAAUGAGCUGUUUGCCCUCCGCCCUGCCCCCGUUCAGACUAUGUGGCUGGGUUACCCUGGAACCAGUGGUGCUCCCUUCAUGGACUACAUCAUCUCUGACAAGGAAACGUCACCUUUUGAAGUAGCUGACCAGUAUUCUGAGAAACUGGCCUACAUGCCCCAUACUUUCUUCAUCGGAGACCACGCCAACAUGUUCCCUCACCUCAAGAAAAAGGCUGUGAUUGACUUCAAAUCUAAUGGACAUAUCUUUGACAACCGCAUUGUUCUUAAUGGUAUUGAUCUGAAGGCUUACUUGGACAGUCUGCCAGAUGUGAAAGUGAUAAAGAUGAAGUGUGACAUCAACCAGGAAGCUGUUGGGGACACAAAUGGCGCUCUGACCAUGCCCGUAAUCCCCAUGAACACAGCAGCUGAAGCAAUCAUCAACAUGAUCAACCAAGGCCAAAUCCAGGUCACCAUCAAUGGCUUCACUGUCAGCAAUGGCCUUGCAACCACACAGAUCAACAACAAAGCUGCCACUGGGGAGGAGGUGCCACGCACCAUCGUUGUGACGACCCGCUCCCAGUACGGUCUCCCAGAGGACUCCAUUGUCUACUGCAACUUCAACCAGCUCUACAAGAUUGACCCCCCUACUCUUCAGAUGUGGGCCAAUAUCCUGAAGCGCGUGCCCAACAGUGUGCUGUGGCUUCUCCGGUUCCCGGCCGUCGGCGAGCCCAACAUCCAGCAGUACGCUCUGAAUAUGGGUCUGCCUGGCUCUCGCAUCAUCUUCUCUCCUGUGGCCCCCAAGGAGGAGCACGUGAGAAGGGGCCAGCUGGCUGAUGUGUGUCUAGACACUCCUCUGUGCAAUGGUCACACCACAGGCAUGGAUGUCCUCUGGGCUGGAACACCCAUGGUCACCAUGCCAGGUGAGACCCUUGCCUCCCGUGUGGCUGCCUCACAACUCUACUGUCUGGGCUGCCCUGAGCUAAUAGCGCAGAGUCGUCAGGAUUAUGAGGACAUAGCAGUCAAGCUGGGCUCUGACAUGGAAUACCUGAAGAUGGUCAGAGCGCGUGUUUGGAAGCAGCGGAUCUGCAGCCCUCUUUUCAACACCAAGCAGUACACGAUUGACCUGGAGCGGCUCUAUCUGCAGAUGUGGGAGCACCACAGCAACGGCAAAAAGCCCGAACCCCUGAUCAACAUCCAUUCAGUAGAGGCCAGUGACAAUGCCUGAACUGGAAGCAUGCUGAAUUCUUGUCCCUUUAUACCCCAAAUCCUAUCCAGCCCUUCCCCCCGUCUUUUUGUUUUGUUAAACCAUUGUUGACACUCUUGCUUGGAAUGGUCAGUGUCCACUCCAGCCCUCUCCCUCAAUGAUUGUCUCCAUUGCUCUCCUCUACUAUAAAUGGGACUCUUAUUUGUGAAGGAGCCUACAGAUGUACACACUUUUCCCCGUCACACCCGUUGUUUCCUCACACAUCUGCAUUUCCUGAGCCAGAUGCAGCCUGAGACUUUCAGGCAUCUCGUCUGAGACUCUUGUCCUAAAACACAGUAUAUUUGGUGAGCUUGUGAAUGCCCUGCUAACCCUUCUGUACUUGGAUCAGUGAAGUGUGUGUGUGUGUGUGUGUGUGUGUGUGUGUGUGUGUGUGAGAGAUUAUCUGCAGCUUGUGGAGAAAAUACUCAACCGUCAUUUCUUGUUAAUCUAUUUAUAAAUGGAUUAAGAGUGUUGUGUUUUAAAAGGGACAAUGUUGCACCAUUGAAAUUGUAACUCUUAAGUUUCAUCAGCUUUAACAUGCAAUUGUAAAACUUAGAUCGCAACGGAGAUUGCUCUUUAGUUUGUCUUAAACUGUUUAAUUACUACGAGUAGAUGUGGAAGUUUUGAGGAAUGUGUUCUUCCCUUCACCAAAUGCCAGAUUUUAUUGAUUUUGUCAGUCCAGGAAUAUGUUUAAUGGCUGUUCUGUUUGAUGUCACACCAUGCUUGUAAAAAUGAUUGGACAAAGCUGGUCAUGGGAGCUUCAAUUCAUUGGAAAGGGCCGAAAUUUCAGUUUAGAUGUCAAAUUGAUCUUGUUUUUUAAUCACACAAACCAGGAACGGCCUAGGUAAGUAUUUUCUAAGCUUUUUUUUUUUUUUUUUUUGUAUUGUCCGUUAACUGUAUGCUGUCAAUAAUGCCGCGAGGUUCUAAAUAUAAUUAAAAAGAAUAAAGAGAUGGCAGAACUCUGA